AAAGAGUUGGUCGUCUCAAUGGGCAUGCUAUGACCGCCUCAUUGCUCCUCCACUCGCGCUGGAUCGACCCGGUGAUGUUCCUCUACGACAGCGCCUUGGAUGAGAGAAGCAAGAACAUGGAGGGGUUCACUGGAGGCAACUUUUCUGCGAAUCAGUGCCGGAAUCUGUUAGCGCAUCCAACCUCCCUGGCUCCCAGCACCACCUACACGGCGAAUGAGGUGCCAGUCUCUGGCAUGGCGGAGCCUGGCAAACAAUGCAGCCCCUGUUCUGCCACUCAGAGUUCGUCCAAUGCGUCCUUGCCAUAUGGAUAUUUUGGCAGCAGUUACUACCCGUGCAGGAUGUCCCACGGCGGCGUGAAGGCGUGCGCGCAGCCCUCUGGUUUCGGUGAUAAAUACGUGGACUCAUCCGUCUCCGGUGAGGAGUUCUCGGCUCGGGCGAAGGAAUUUGCCUUCUACCAGGGUUAUUCCUCAGGUCCAUACCAGCCCAGCUACCUGGAUGUGCCAGUGGUUCCUGCGCUGACUGCCCCCUCUGAGCCGAGACACGAGUCCCUGCUGCCCAUGGAGCCCUACCAGUCGUGGGCCAUCACCAACGGCUGGAAUGGGCAAGUUUACUGCGCCAAGGAGCAGCAGCAGACAAAUCCUCUGUGGAAAUCCUCUUUACAAGACACUUUAAAUGGCGAAAGCGCAGUGCGCCGCGGGAGAAAGAAGCGUGUGCCAUACACCAAGGUGCAGCUGAAAGAACUGGAAAGAGAAUAUGCCUCCAAUAAGUUCAUCACCAAAGACAAAAGGAGGAGGAUAUCCGCGCAGACGAACCUGACGGAGCGACAAGUGACAAUCUGGUUUCAGAACCGGCGCGUAAAGGAGAAAAAAAUCGUCAAUAAAUUCAAGAGUUCCAGUUAGCUCUGGAUACACUAACAAGAGGUGAAAGGCGGACAUGGAUGUACUUUCAUCCAAAAACUAGGGUAUAAUUUAUUACAUUAUGGACAGCUUUCCUGUCGCCAGAGCGGCUCUGUUUUGAACUAAACAUUUCCCAUCUCACGUUUUAAUUGGAACCAGUCGAUGCGGGCUGUUGACAGAAGAUCGGAAAUGGCCUGGAAUUUAAGGUGGUUCUGCAGGCCUGGGAUGCUUUGAUACUAGAAAAGACUGCCUCUCAAAGCGGGACACUCAUUUCACCUUUGGGUCUUUUUUUUUUCUUUAAAUCCAUUUUAAAGUGUAUAAUAAUUUAUUCCACACCUUCUUGGAUUAAGACGCGCCAGUGAACCAAAAACGGUCUUUUGAUUCAAAAUAAAGAGAUCAGAAAUGUUUAAUGAAUCAAACUUUUAAUUCAAAGGGAAAACAUAAAUAUUUAUUGGGGCUGUUUUUCACAUCAAAAUAAAUACAUUUUCAACUUUAAAGUAAGAUUUUACGCAAAGCUUUAAAAGCUGAACUACCACAAAAACAAGCACUUAUUUAGUUUACUGCUCUUAUGAUAAAUCAUAAUAACUCGCAUGUCAACUGACUGGCAACUAAGAAUGGAAUAUUUUAAAAGCAUUUAUUCAUGUACAUACUAAGACUGAAGCCAUCUAUCCUCUGUUAUGACAAUAUAAGCCAACGUUUUGAC